UCUACUAUUGUGCAACAUGCUGCAGUUAGGACUCUCACCUACAUUUUCAAUGGGAUUUCAUCUGUUAGCCUUCAUGGCUCUCUUAUUUUCCCAUGUGGACCUGAUAAGUGCUGACACAGAAAUGGAAGGAGAAGGCAAUGAGACUGGCGAGUGUACUGGCUCAUAUUACUGUAAGAAGGGGGUAAUUUUACCCAUUUGGGAGCCCCAAGACCCUUCCUUUGGAGACAAAAUUGCUAGAGCUACCGUGUAUUUUGUGGCCAUGGUCUACAUGUUUCUCGGAGUCUCUAUCAUUGCCGACCGGUUCAUGUCCUCUAUAGAAGUCAUCACAUCUCAAGAAAAAGAAAUAACCAUAAAGAAACCCAAUGGAGAGACCACCAAGACCACUGUGAGGAUCUGGAAUGAGACCGUUUCCAACCUGACCUUGAUGGCCCUGGGAUCUUCUGCUCCAGAGAUUCUCCUUUCGGUAAUUGAAGUGUGUGGCCAUAACUUCACUGCGGGAGACCUAGGUCCCAGCACCAUCGUGGGAAGUGCUGCAUUCAAUAUGUUCAUCAUUAUCGCACUCUGUGUUUACGUGGUCCCAGAUGGAGAGACAAGGAAGAUUAAGCAUUUGCGUGUGUUCUUUGUGACAGCAGCCUGGAGCAUCUUUGCCUAUACUUGGCUUUACAUUAUUUUGUCUGUCAUCUCUCCUGGGGUCGUGGAGGUCUGGGAAGGUUUGCUUACUUUCUUCUUCUUUCCCAUCUGUGUUGUGUUCGCUUGGGUAGCAGAUAGGAGGCUUCUCUUUUACAAGUAUGUCUACAAGAGGUAUCGGGCUGGCAAGCAAAGGGGAAUGAUUAUUGAACAUGAAGGAGACAGGCCAUCUUCCAAGACUGAAAUUGAAAUGGAUGGGAAAGUGGUCAAUUCCCACGUUGACAAUUUCUUAGAUGGUGCCCUGGUUCUGGAGGUUGACGAGAGGGACCAAGAUGAUGAAGAGGCUAGGCGAGAAAUGGCUAGGAUUCUGAAGGAGCUUAAGCAGAAACACCCGGAGAAAGAAAUAGAGCAAUUAAUAGAAUUAGCGAACUACCAAGUCCUAAGUCAGCAGCAAAAAAGUCGAGCAUUUUACCGCAUCCAAGCUACUCGCCUGAUGACUGGAGCUGGAAACAUUUUAAAGAGGCAUGCAGCUGAUCAGGCAAGGAAAGCUGUCAGCAUGCAUGAGGUCAACACUGAAGUGGCUGAAAAUGACCCUGUUAGUAAGAUCUUCUUUGAACAAGGGACCUAUCAGUGUUUGGAGAACUGUGGUACUGUAGCCCUGACCAUUCUCCGCAGAGGUGGUGAUUUGACCAACACUGUGUUCGUUGACUUCAGAACAGAGGACGGCACAGCCAAUGCUGGGUCUGAUUACGAAUUUACUGAAGGAACUGUGGUCUUUAAGCCUGGUGAGACCCAGAAGGAAAUCAGAGUUGGCAUCAUCGAUGACGAUAUCUUUGAGGAGGAUGAAAAUUUCCUUGUGCAUCUGAGCAACGUUAAAGUAUCUUCUGAAGCCUCAGAAGAUGGCAUCCUGGAAGCAAAUCAUGUUUCUACACUUGCUUGCCUCGGCUCUCCCUCCACUGCCACUGUGACUAUCUUUGAUGAUGACCAUGCUGGCAUCUUUACUUUUGAGGAACCUGUGACUCAUGUGAGCGAGAGCAUCGGCAUUAUGGAGGUGAAGGUAUUGAGAACAUCUGGAGCUCGAGGAAAUGUUAUCGUUCCCUAUAAAACCAUUGAAGGGACUGCCAGAGGUGGUGGGGAGGACUUUGAGGACACUUGCGGAGAGCUCGAGUUCCAGAACGAUGAAAUUGUGAAGAUCAUUACCAUUAGAAUAUUUGACCGUGAGGAAUAUGAGAAAGAGUGCAGUUUCUCCCUUGUGCUUGAGGAACCAAAAUGGAUAAGAAGAGGAAUGACAGGUGGCUUCACAAUAACAGGCCAACCUGUCUUCCGGAAAGUUCAUGCUAGAGAACAUCCGAUCCCCUCUACUGUAAUCACGAUUGCAGAGGAAUAUGAUGACAAGCAGCCGCUGACCAGUAAAGAGGAAGAGGAGAGGCGCAUUGCAGAAAUGGGGCGCCCCGUUCUCGGAGAACACACCAAGCUGGAAGUGAUCAUUGAAGAAUCCUAUGAAUUCAAGAGUACCGUGGACAAACUUAUUAAGAAGACAAACUUAGCCCUCGUGGUGGGGACAAACAGCUGGAGAGAGCAGUUUAUUGAAGCCAUCACAGUGAGUGCUGGGGAAGAUGACGACGACGAUGAAUGUGGGGAGGAGAAGCUACCCUCCUGUUUCGAUUACGUGAUGCAUUUCCUGACUGUGUUCUGGAAAGUCCUCUUCGCCUUCGUCCCCCCUACAGAAUACUGGAAUGGCUGGGCCUGUUUCAUUGUCUCCAUCCUCAUGAUCGGCCUACUGACAGCUUUCAUUGGAGACCUGGCUUCCCACUUCGGAUGCACCAUUGGCCUGAAAGAUUCUGUCACUGCGGUAGUGUUCGUUGCACUUGGAACUUCGGUACCAGAUACGUUUGCAAGCAAAGUGGCCGCCACCCAGGACCAGUACGCAGAUGCAUCCAUAGGUAACGUCACUGGCAGCAACGCUGUGAACGUCUUCCUGGGAAUCGGCGUGGCCUGGUCCAUCGCUGCCAUCUACCACGCGGCCAAUGGGGAACAGUUCAAAGUGUCCCCUGGCACGCUAGCUUUCUCUGUCACUCUCUUCACCAUUUUUGCUUUCAUCAACGUGGGGGUGCUGCUGUAUCGGCGAAGGCCGGAAAUUGGAGGUGAGCUGGGUGGGCCCCGGACUGCCAAGCUCCUCACAUCCUGCCUCUUCGUGCUCCUGUGGCUCUUGUACAUUUUCUUCUCUUCCCUGGAGGCCUACUGCCACAUAAAAGGUUUCUAAAGGAACAAUCAGAUAUAGUAAAUUUAUAUAUAUACGUAUAUAUAUAUACAUAAAAUAUUAUGUAUAACGAACAGAGGAAACUGACAUUUGUCAUGUUCACUUACCUGCUGAUGGAACCCAGCUUCAAGAGCAUACUCUGUACUAGGGCCGAAGUGAGAAACCAUCACCUCCUAUUCCCAGGGGCAUCGUCACCUUGAACAAGGCAUGAAGGCAGGGGCAUCUUUGCAGCUCAGCCUAGAAGGACUGUGUUCUCUCCAGGUUCAUAAAUCAUUAAGUCUUUGA